AUUUGGUGCUGUCCGUCGAAUAUAGGCGAACACAAGUGUCCGGUUCAAUACUACGUUGGACCGUUUGGUGAAUACGCGUUGAACAGGUUAGUAGGUGUGACUGUGUUGGAGCGAACGGGUCGGAUCGGUACUAUCAUUAGAAGCGCGAUUCUCCCACGCGCCGAGGACUCUAGCGAACAGGUUUCAUCAUGCACACUGCCAGUCAUUACCGCAAGUUCCAAGUGGUUGAAAGCAACGAGCUAGUCGUGGUAGUUGAUCAAUCGGAGCAGGAAAUUACGGCUGAUAAGCAUCUUACGGUUCUCGUACGACGCGCAAACAUAUUGCCUUUGCAAUAAGAACGUGAACGUGGUUCUUGAAGAAGCUGGUCGUGAAUUUUCAGCUGGAGCAGACGGGACUCCCUAGUGAGCAAUUGGGAAUUCCCAAGAGUAAGACUCUUGGUCAAGAGAAGGUUCUAUGCUGAAUUUGUGAAGCAUCUUAUCAUAGUGUGUGAUUAGUGGAUUUGGUGACUCCGGUUUUUUUUUGUUUUGUAUAAUAAUGUUGAACAAGACAAAGAAUAAACGAUUCAAUGUUGAUCAUCGCUUGCAUAUUCUAGUGUGAACAAGCGACUUGGGAAGUGAGUUCAUAACCAUUAUUGUUGCAUAUAUGAGCAGGAGAAAAAAAAGUCAACGUGAUCUGUGUCAGGCAGAGUGUUUUAGCUGCCUAUUUCCAUCUUCUCGUUAGUUUCAACGCCAGGUGACAAAAACGAAAAACGGGAAUCAUUUGAACCGUGGGAUAAAUCUUUUGCCAACGCGAAAAAAAAACAGGCCGAGUGAACAUCAGUGCGGUCAGCUCUUGUUCUUUUUACAUGAUUGACAGUAAGGGGCACUGUCCCAACGACACCACCAACAUCAACAUCAUUGCCCGCGUCUUGCUACCGCGACUACAGCUAAAGCGAAAGUAUUUGCACUCGGCGGUGCAGAUUGUUCCCGUACGGCUCGGUGUCAAGUGGAAAGGUUGCUGCCCAAACGUAGUAAUUCCGUCCCGGGAUCAGGACGCAGCCAUUCGUCGGCGAACUGUCAGCGCACAGGAAGCGUUCUUCAAGGAGAGCGUUACAUGAGCUCCCAUCGGUGUUUGAGUGUCCUUUUCGAUCCGUUUUUGGUGUGUGCCUUUCAAACAAUUGUUUGAGUGUUGAACGUUGCUGUUAAAGACUUUAUGUGAGGCUUUACGAUACAAAGUGGUUAAGUGUGUCACACAUACGACGAAGUGAUUAAAUUGAUCAACGUUGAGCGCGGUAAUUCAUAAGCGCAAAAGAAAGCGCUCGUUAAACGAUCAUUGGCCGUGUGCGUGUUGUGUUUUUUUGCCACUGGUGCGGCUAGUUCCAACCUCUAUGGAGUUUCAGCUAGACAGCGCGGAAUACUGCCAGGCACAACACAAAUAAGCGAAAGGCGCGCUUUUUCCCUGCCAUCACCAUCAACACACCAUCGUCGCCUGUGUCGCCCACACCCUCCCCCCUGGAAGGAUACCGAACUGGAGAAAGUUGUAGCGUUGAUUAGCGCGAGAGAGUAAAAAGGGUGCUUGUGCGGGAGCGACAACGAACGCGUGCGUGUGGGGGCAGGUAGCGUGCAAGCAGUGGAGGUCCUCCAGCGAAAGUGAAUGGUGGUGGUUGCUGCGUAAGGAAGGCGAUUUCGCGCAAAACCUAAAAGCGGCGCAGCAGAGCAGAGCUUUUGAAUGAGAAGCCCCGAGCUGGAGCGUACAUUGGAGAAGAAAGUGCUGCACGUAGCGAAGCGCACAUCACGAGCGUGGUUUUGUUAUUGCCGUAGUCCAAGAAGCGUCGUCAAGGUGAACCUGAGAAACUAAGGUCCUUGCGGAAAAUCUGGUGGAAGAAUAGAUAACGAAGCGAAUCAAGACGAAGUGGUAAUCAUCAAACCUUAGCGUCAUAAUCGAGUAUCGAAGGUGCAGUGUGGAGGACGUGUGUGUGUGUGUCAACGCUAAAAUUGAUAUCCAUCCCGCAUCCAUAUCUAAACCUGAGGGAAGAUCAUCUGUGUCGCGUCUUGUGCAAGCGAAUCUUUGUUUUGCUUGUAAGGUGCAUUCUCGCCUAUCCUUGAUUGCACUGCACGUUGCAUACUUUCAACCAACCUUGCAACACACAUUGUUUGCUUUGAAUAAUUGGUGAGCUUUAAUAAUCCCAUCGUUUCCCUGUGGCUUCGCUAGUUUGCGCGUGUGGCAAUUUCGUUGCAACGUUCUACAAGAACACAUCGCGACGAAUAUCUUCGACAACUGCAAGCAAAACUCGGCGGCAGAAAACAACAUAUUGAGACUGAUUGUAAAAUAGAUCUAUUAAGAAUAGUAACCAAGCAAGUAUAACCAUCGUCAAUCCAUUACCAUCAACCGCAGAACAGACAGCCGGACAGUAGCGGCGGCCUCGAAGUGAGGAAAAAUUAGCUGGAGGUAUUAGUUCUCUUACGCUUCCCCAGAACGGACGUCCCUUCCGUAUAAGCGCAUUCACACCAACCAACUCUAAAUCAAAAUAAAACAUACACCAGCAUCCCGACCAAGUGAAUAUAGAAGCGAAAGAUCCUUAAAACCCUUUCUGCUGCAGGCCCUUAUAUCGCCCCCGUUUCAAGAGAAAGGGUAAUCACAGUUCCACCGAAUUUUGGCCGAUGUUUAAGCAGGCGGAUAUAGUCAAACGAAAUAAAUAACUGUAGUGCGAUUCGGAGCAGCCAUCUAAGUCCCGCAGUGAGCAGGGUUUCAGAUGAAUAUAAAUAUUUCGAAUGAAAAGUACUUUUAGAUACGUGUUUCAAGCUUUACUCUGAAGAAGAUAGAUCCAUCUUUUUGAUAUCAAACUACGCAUCGGAAGAUUACAACCCAGAGUGCAUCUGUUAUUCCAUCACCUCAAGACGAUCAGGUGCUUGUGGUUCGCGACACUGUGGACACGCCUAGCGAGCAAAUCUGAUCAGAUAAAAGAUAAACGCGUUCGUGUGUGUGUGCGCGUACGAAGAGUAAAGGAAAUUAAGAUAAUUUACCAGCACUCACUCGGGCAGCAGACUCCAGUGUCAGUUUCUACCUUCAUCUGCAAGGUGUUAUCAGCGAAAAUUAGUCGACGAAAAGAUUUAACAUAGGUGUAUUUGCUUGCCAUCAUCGUCGCACUGAGCGUGUUAUUAUCUGUGCUGGAAGAAAUCGUAUAAAAAGAAGAAUACUGUUUGCUUUAUGCAUGAUUUUUUUGUCUAAACUUAUACAACCAGAGUGAUAGGAUUCCUCGAUUCGCCUAACACUAAAAUUGCUGUACAAGAAUAUUGGAAUAUUUCCUUUGAAGAGGACAAGAUUAACCGAAUAAGUGAAGAAAAGAUAAAAAAAACAUAAAAAAUACAGUGUGGCUAAAGGCAGUUUCUCCGUAGAAGAUCAAACAAAUGUAAAAGAGAACAAGCCAGCAAAUCGUUUUACUGAAAUAUUUCGGAGCUGGCCAAUUUUGAGCAUCGAUAUAUCUCGUUGCAGCUUAAAAGAAUUUGAAGAAGAUAAUAGAACCGCAAAACAAAUUCAUUGCUGUUCGGACGAAGACAGAAUCACCGUAGAAGAUCAAGAGGAUUUGAUAGAGAACACAGCAUCGAAUCGUUUUACUGAAUUAUUUCGGAGCAGGCCAAUUUUGAGCAUCGAUAUAAUAUCACGUUGCAACGGCCCAAAAACAUAAUUUGAAGAAGAUAGAUAGAACCGCGAAGAGCAUUGUGAUAAGAGAAUUUUAAGUUUGUUUUAGUGGUUCUCAUCUUUAUUGCUUAUUGAAGCGAUUUUUGUGGAAGUGUUAGGUUUCUUGCGUCUUUAAAAUAUCUUAAUUUGUAAAUGUGAUGAAAAUUGUACGGAUUCUUCAUUGAUAAUAUUGUAUAUCCAACAAAGAGAAGUGUAUGAAAGCGCGCACUUGCUAGGAAGAGAUCUCUACCGAAGAGAAUAAGUACGAUUGUUAACGUCGUUAUUUUGUCUGUAAGACUUACGCCGUAACCGUUGUCGUGUGAUAAAAAGAAAGACUUCCGUGCAGAACCUUCUGCAGAAGGCGCUUGUGCAAGUUCGUAAGCUCAGCAAGGACGAACAAGACAGCAAGAAAUCAAACAGCGGGUGACUGGAUUUGUUUUUAGUCGUCGUGAAGGAGUGUUUUUAUGUCAACCGUCAUCAUGCGUCAGAAGGACAUCAGACCCGCACCGGCGCGGAUCGAGUUCAAGUCAAUGAAAUUUCUGAUUACCGAUCGGCCAUCGGACGCAAACAUACUUUCGUAUAUCACUGAGCUGAAAAAACAUAAUGUCUCGAUUGUGGUACGCGUGUGCGAGCCAAGUUAUAAGAUCGAAGAGCUGGCAAACCAUGGUAUUGUCGUGCGCGAUUUGGCGUUUGAGGAUGGUACCUUCCCGCCGAACGAGAUCGUAGUCGAAUGGUUCGAGAUUUUGAAGCAAAACUUUCUGUACAGAUUCCAGGAGGACCCGGAAGCGUGUGUGGCGGUACACUGUGUAGCAGGUCUAGGCCGCGCACCAGUGCUUGUGGCCCUGGCUUUGAUUGAACUAGGACUUAAGUACGAGGCAGCUGUAGAAUUGAUAAGAGAUAAACGAAGAGGUGCUAUUAAUGCCAAACAACUAUCAUACCUAGAAAAGUAUAGGCCGAAAUCGCGGUUAAAGCACAAAAAUGGCCACAAGAACUCGUGCUGCGUGCAAUAAAACUAUCAAAAUUCCCACCAGUUAAAGUGUUCAUUUUAAGCAAGUGACAUCCAGAGAUAAAACUAUGGCGCGACGUUGAAAGCAAGCGAGAGAAGAAACAUGGACAUGUGUAAAUGUUAAAAACAAAAGAUGCAGAUCCUAAAACAAUAGCAGUAGGCUUUAUGUUCACAAAUCACACUAAGCAAGUUUUGGGUCUUGUGUGGAGUUCUGAUUUAACGGUACCGUUGGAACUGCUAGAGCAUCGGCGAUAAAUUGAACCGUAAAGGAAAUAUAGAAUCAAUGCAGAAUGGAAUGCUAGAAAAGAUGCUAAAACAAUAACCAAGAAAGAUGCAAUAGGAUGGAAUAACAUUGAGAUCUUUAAAUAAACUGCUGGUAACUAUUUAGUUUUUUUUAUGAUACUUAAGCUGAAAUCAAUUAUGAAGGGUCAUCCCUCAUAGUCGAGUUUAGUUUCAAUUGAAUAUUUCAUCGUUUAUUUUUGCAUUCUGCUCACGUUAAAUUCUUAUGAUUCUUUAUUCAAUUCACAUCUAAUUCAUCCUAUCAGUUCAACGAUCUCGAUGCGUUGAAAUGCAGGGCAAGCCUUUCGCUUGCAAACGGUUAAUCGGAUCCUCCGAACACGAGACCCAUACCUAGCAAAGAAAUGCGAUGUACAGUACAGAAAGCAUUUUAGGUUUUAGAAAGGCUAAUUUGAAGCGCAAGCAGAGCGUGUUAGCUUUACUAGCAGUAUAUUAUUCUUAUUUUGCUAUACAUCUUCGACAAACCUUACACACACCAGCCACACAUGAACCAGGCGUGCGUCUAUGUGCGCAGUUUACACAUUCUUAGACAGAGACAUAUUAUGAUCGUAUCCGACGACGCCCAGUGUGACCGUAGAUCAUUAUUAAUAUAUUGUAAUAAAUUAAAUAAUCGAAAUAGGGAAAGAGAUAGCGAAUGCAGAAGAUGAAACCAAUGUUCUCUACAGUAUGUUCUUGUGGAACAGGUGUUGAAGACGCGACUUGUCCGAAAGAGGGAUAUUUCUGUACGGUUUAAUAGCUGUCUUACAGUGUUAUGAUAAUACUUGAGUUCAUAAGAUUAUUCAUUGCUGGGACACAGUUUAGUUAUCAAGCCGGUGGAAAUAACCAAUUUCCUAGUCGUCUAAAACUAGCUAACACAAUGGCUUAUCGUGUAUCGUGAAGAACAGCUGUAUGAUUGAAUGCGAUUACUUAAUUUUUGUUUUGUAUUUAUUAAAUCUGCGACAAACUGUACUGCAAUCAAUACUAUUGUACAAAACCCGGCUAACAUGCUUCUAUAUGAUCGUUCAAACCAAAAACAAUAGCGCAAUGUCAGGCAUGAAGGCAGUAGAUAUGUACAAGGGCCUAAUAUCUGUAUCCUAAAAAAAAACAUCGCGUUCGUCACAGGCGUUACAAUAGACGAUAUACACAUUUUUUUAGAACUAUUGGGCGGUUUCAGCAUGGUUCUGGCGACCUGCAAAAUGCUUAUGUUUAUAGUUUUACACCUUACCAAAUCAAACAUCCUUCAUACGUGCUGCAAACGAGACGCAUUUUACUUUGCAAAUUCCAGUGCAUAAGUUGUGCGUGUUGCUUGGAAAAUGAGCAGACGUGUACGAACAAUAGCCAAUUUAUCAAUAAUUUUAUUCGUUACUCUUAUGUUUAGAAAUAUCUGAAAUGGAUCGUGCAAUAUGGCUGUAGAUUAACCGGAGGUAAAGUAGUUCCGUUUGUCUAUGUUUUGUUUUUGUUUUCUUUUGUUUUGCAGUAGGCUUAAAUUAACGUACCACGCACCCUAUGCAGCAGCAAACGCAACCAGCUACUGCAACUCGCGCAAAGAACUCUGCAACACUGUGAUCGUAGCGAUAUGAUCCCAUCUCUUUAGUUAAGGUUAAUCUACAUGGUACAUGAGUUCGAGGGAACUCUGCUACUACUCCCAAGAAUUCUAGUACAAUUGUUUUCUGCAAACUGCAAAAAACUCUUCCUCCGGUGAUGGCACCUCAUUUGGAAGUAUCAACGUUAUUUAAAUGCUAGGUACUUCCUUUCGAUACUUUGUCCGCAACCAUGGUGGAUGAGCCACAAUUGUUUAAUGCUGCUUAUGUCGAUCAUUCCACCAGAGUUUUCGUUAGUUAACAUAGUGAAAGAACCUAAUCUAACACCUAACAGCUACACUAUCAAUAAUUUAUUUGUUGUAUAGCUCAAUACGCCCAAUAGUAAACAAUUUUACUUAUCGCAAUGGAUGCUUUAAAUUAUUUCAUAUUUUCUAAAUGAACAUUGUACGUCGCCAACGCCAAAACAGACCUAAAUCAACAGACGAAAACCCAUUGCAAUAUAUCUGCACAGGACUGCUAUUUUAUGUUAACUUUCCCCAAAAACGCCUGUGAUGAACAUCCGUAAUUCUUAAACACUUUAGCGCAGCGAUCUCUUCCCCGUUUUAUGCUCGAAAAGGUAGCUCUCCCUUCGAUGAUUGCACACAAAAAGGUUGAUGUUUUUGAAAAAAUGUUAAAUCACAAAGAUUUGUCCCGGUUCUGUGAUCCAUUCAUUUGUAGGCAGAUUGGUGAUAAUCUGCAAACAUGGUUUUGGAAUACAAAAGAAAAGAAGAAAACAAGCGCUUCGUCCAAGUGGAACGAACAAUCGAUAAGAGACAGUUUCCAUAGAAUGUUUUGCAUAUUUUAACUUAAGUUAUGUUCACAUGCCCUGAACGGGGCACAUUUUAAGACGAAAAUGCAGAGUGGUCAUUGUCUUAUUCGCUGUAACUAAUGCCCUCGUUUAACUAUACUCUACACAGUCAUACCAUGAGUGAACGCGUGUUUGUGGCCACUUUUUUCUGUGAUACUAUAAAACAAAAAGAACGACUACUGAUAUGAGUGAGAAAGGGGGGAAGCAACAGCGGAGGUAGAUCUCGGAUACGUUUGAAGUAUGUACCGGGAAUGAACCGAUUUUUUUAUGUGUGCUUGCAAAUUGACAAAAUGAUAUUUUUGUUACCACACUGCUAAGCGUUGCAAAAAUUAUUAAACCUGUAAAAUGAUUCACUAUACGACUCCGCUAGUUCUUCCGCUUGGGCAAAUACACGCAUAAUAAGAAAGUAUGUUAAACAUGCCAUAAAAUACAGCUUUCAAUUUUUCAGAACAAUAUUCAAAUCAUCGAAGGGAUAAAAGCUAAAAAAUAUGAUUUGUAGCUGUUUUUCUGCCGUAAAGUUACGUUCGUACAAUGACUUGAACGUUUUGUUUCCACUGACGAACAUUUGAAAUUGGUGUGUAUGAGAAGGAUAACAGCAUGCAAUCAUAGCAUAAAAUAACAUAAAAAAACUCUAUUAGCAAAAUGAGAAGAAGGAAAUCGAACUAGACACAUGGCGUAAAGAAAGCAUCUACUACAUGUAUUGAUAAAUAGUCAUACUCGAUAUGGCUAAUUCUUUACAGAAACAAGCUAAUAUUAAAACACGAAACUAUACAAACAAGCACUAAAGUAAAAACAGAACCGCAAAUAAAUAUUAUAUAUAUAAUAACUUACACGUGGUUCCGGCAGAAGGUUACGGGGAUGGUGACAAGAUCGUAUUCAUAUUUUAUACACAAGCAACAAACACAAAAAAGGAAAACAAAAAAACCAAGAGCUAGACAAGUGCAAGAGCCAACUCAAUCAACCGCAAAGAUAAAAUUAUAGACAAAACACAGUGAAAAGGGUAGCAUAGUCGAAGGAACCAUGAUAGCGGAAGUGGACAUGCAAAACAGAUAUAUUAUUCACACUACUUUAGAGCCUGUGCGGGGAAGCUUUUGUUGAACGAUGAGGACAAGAUCGAAGCAAAAUGGCGCUAGCGUCUACUGAUAAUGAUCACUUUAACUGUUGCGGUACUUGGAUAUAUGUAAUUUGUUUGUGUGUGUGUUUUUGUAAGUGUGCAUCGAUGCAACCAGUGUGUAGUAGUGGGCAGAUAGUAGAAAGGCGGGCUCUGUAUGUCAGCGAAACAGCAGAACGCCCCGUCGAAUGAAACUAUAGAGGGGGGAAAAAAAUCUGACGUUUUGUUGAUUAUAACCAAUCGAUUUUCGUCCAGAUAAACGAUCAUUAGUAGCAUCGUCCGCAAACUAACACGUACACACAAUUGCACACAAUGGGGGAGAACAGGUGAAACACAGUAAUUGUGCUGAAGGCCAUAUCUCUUCUAACCCUCUAGACGCACGGCACGGAAAAACGGCACCGACAUGUGGUUGUAUGUAAUGUGUAGCACGCCCUGUUCUUCGCCGAGAAAAGUGCUUUAUUACUCUUUUUUAUGGCAGCAGGAUGGAAAAGGGAAUUACAAUUUAGAACGAAUGAACGUACCAUGAAAAAGAAGUGUGAGCGAGUCAUGCUAUUAAAAACAUCGUAAACAUAAACAAAACUGACGAUAGUCAACGUAACAAAAAAAGAAGGGAAGUUUAAUGCAAACAAGAAAAACUUAACUGUGAGCAAAAAAAGAAGAAAAAAAAAACAAGGAAUAAAAAGAAAAAUUAACCGAAAACACAACAUUAGAUCAUACCCUUGGCAAAACACUUGGCAAAAGAAGCAGAAUAUGGUAAAGAAACUUGCUACAGAAAAAAAAAAACAAUAUUAUACUGAAUAGAUAUUGUAAUUUUAUGGAAUGAUUUAUAUCAAUGAA